AUGGACGAAGAGCAACUAAUUGAAUACGUAAGACAAUUUAAAGUGAUUUAUAAUCCAAAAUGUAAAGAAUAUAAAGAUCAAGUUAUGAGAGCAGCUAUUUGGGAAGAGAUAGGAGAAAAAAUGAAACAACCUCCGGAUAAAUGUAAAGAUGAGUGGACAAAAUUAAGAAAUGCCUAUGUAAACGCCAUGAAACGUCGUAAAAAUAAAAAAAGUGGUCAGGCCUUAGCGGCCUCGGAAUCAAUAAUUCCAUGGAAGUAUGAAGAGCAGAUGAAUUUUUUACAGACGUAUAUAGAAUCUCGGGCUACAGUAACUAAUCUUGAGUCACCGCCAAAUUCAGUAAAAUCUGAUAUUAAUUUAGAAGAAUCUGAAUCCGAUACCAUUCAAUCUCAAUUAGAUAACCGCUCACCAACACCACAAUCCAGUUCUACAAAUUAUAGCAGACCUGUACGCAAUAAAACCAACUUACAUGAAUUAUACGAUUUGAUGAAAUCAUCGCAUGAUUUGCGACUUCAAAAACAACAAAACAAGCUCCAGGAUAAAGACAUGGAUGAAACUGACUUAUUCUUUCUCAGCAUGAGCAAAGCCCUAAAAAAACUUCCUAAACUCGAACAGUCCAAAAUAAAAUUAGAUUUGCACACGGCAAUAUCACAAGCCGAAAUACGCAUCCUCGAAGCACAAGACCAAAUCCGCAGAAUGCCAAUCAAUGUGACUCGCCAGAUUAUUUCUCAGCCGCAACAACAGAGACUGCAAUCACCCGUUCACACAUCCACAUCCAUGCUGUCAUUCCCCAGUACAUCAACCUUCGCCUACACACCGACAUUCACAGCACCAAUGGAAGCAUCGACAUUGGAUUCGGAACAACAGGAUUCUCGUCUCUCGGCAUAUUAUUCAGACAUACAAUUUUCUGAGGAAGAUAAUUAA